CGCAGAGGCUCGCGGGACUUUAAAGAUGGCGGCGCCCAUUGCGGCUCGGUGCUUCGCGAAGUGAAUCUGAGAUUUUUUUAAAUUUCCAAACUUUAAAAAGAUAAACUCUUUAUUCGAGUGAACUCCGCGCCGAGAAUGAACGUACGUGCGAGAUUGAUUAAGUGCGCCUGGAAAACUGGGGUGGUCCAAGCACACAGAGCACCUGCCUGGUGCUGCAGGCACCCAACUAUGCAACCCCAUCCACAGCCUUCCUGCUUCCCAAGUGGCUUUCGACAUAUGGCAACAACUGAGCCAUGGAAAUCAAAUGAAAACAUCAGCAAAAUAAAUGUGGCCAAACAUGAGAAUCGCAAGAAGAAAUCUGAGACUCAAGUUGUGAUGAUUCGACAGAAAAUGAGGGUAUCUGAACUUGCAAAAGCAAUGAACAAGGAUAUUGACCAUGUUUACGAAGCUCUGCUGCAUAGAGAUGACCUGAAUGUUGAACGCAUGAAGCCGAGCACUUUUCUCAAUGAGGCUGUCAUCAAAGAUGUAAUCAAGAAGUCUGGUAUGAAGUACAUGUCAGAGAAGAUAAAGGUUGAGAAGAUAAGAGAAAACAAAGAUGCAGUGAAAAGCCCUCCUGCAGAUGCCUCAGCUCUGGUGCCGCGCCCACCCAUCAUCACUAUCAUGGGCCAUGUGGACCAUGGCAAGACCACGCUGCUCGACAGCUUGCGCCACACGCAAGUGGCAGCUGGGGAAGAGGGCGGCAUCACGCAGCACAUCGGAGCAUUCCACGUGGCACUGCCCUCCGGGGAGUACAUCACUUUCCUGGACACACCUGGCCACGCCGCCUUCUCAAACAUGCGAAUGCGCGGCGCUCUCGUGACGGACAUCGUGGUGCUGGUGGUCGCGGCUGACGACGGCGUCAUGGAACAGACUAUCGAGUCCAUCAAAUAUGCUAAGGCAGCCAAAGUGCCCAUCCUCGUGGCGGUAAACAAGUGCGACAAGCCAGGCGUGGACCCACAGCACGUCAAGCACGAGCUCCUGGCGCACGAGGUGGUGUGCGAGGAGCUCGGUGGCGACGUGCAGGUGGUGCACGUGUCUGCGAUCAAGGGAGAGAACCUGGCGGCGCUGACGGAGGCGAUCAUGGCACAGGCCGAGGUGAUGGAGCUGAAGGCCGAUCCCGCUGGCCUUGUAGAGGGCACCAUCAUCGAGGCGAGCACCAAUAAGGGCAAAGGGCCCGUGGCGACGGUGAUGGUGCAUCGCGGCACGCUGCGGCGAGGCUGCGUGCUCGUGUCGGGCCUCUCCUGGGCGAGGGUGCGCGGGACGUUUGACGAGCGCGGCCGCCCCGUGGCCGCCGCCACCCCCAGCAUCGCCGUGGAGGUCGUGGGCUGGAAGACGCUGCCCUCGGCCGGGGACGAGGUGCUCGAGGUGGAGUCCGAGGCGCGCGCCAAGGAGGUGGUGGAGUGGCGCACGGAGAUGGAGAGGCUGGAGCGGCAGGAGGCCGAGGGCGAGGCGAUCCGCGCCCGGCAGGAAGAUGACCGCGAGGCGUACGUGCGGCUGCGCGAGGACCUCUCGUCGCUGAGCAGGCGCAAGCAGAAGGUGGCCAAGGCGCUGGCGUACAAGCAGGGGGAGCAGCAGGCGGCUGCCGGCAGGGCCCUGGAGGAAGCCGAGCCUCGCCUGUCGCUCGUCGUCAAGGGUGACGUUGAUGGCUCGGUGGAGUCAAUACUCAAUGUUCUGGAUAGCUACGAUUGCAACGACGCGGUCAAGAUGGACGUCUUGCACUUCGGCAUCGGGGACGUGAGCGAAAAAGACGUUCUCUUGGCAGAGACCUUCAGUGGGACGGUGUACGGGUUUGGCGUGAAUGCCAACAAAGUGGUUAUGCAGCUGGCUGAAAAGAAGAACGUACCCGUCAAACUCCACAAAAUAAUUUACAGGCUGGUGGAUGACCUGAAAGCCGAACUGGACAGCAAGCUGCCGCUGAUGACGGAGGAGGUAGUCGUAGGCAGUGCCACUGUCCUGGCCAAGUUCGAUGUCACUGUGGGCAAGAAUGAAGUUCCAGUGGCAGGCUGCCGCAUUAAGAAGGGCCGAUUUGAUCGAAAUUUUAACUUCAAGAUCGUCCGCAACAACUACGAGACUAUUUGGCAAGGGAAGUUGUCAUCACUUAAGCACCACAAGGAUGACGUGCAGGAGGUGAAGACAGGCAUGGAGUGUGGCGUGGUGAUGGAUGAUGAUGAUGCCGACUUUCAAAUCGGGGACAGCAUUAUCUGUUAUGAAGAACAGAAGGUUCCUCAGCAGAUACAAUGGAAACCUCCAGGGUUUUAGAAACGCACCGUCCCCCAGAAUGUAUGAUUAUCGAAAUAUUAAAAAGUGUAUUGCUUACUUGGUAAUGCAGGCAUCAAUGCAAUUCUGUUAGGUGGCCAUGUGUGUUAAAGUUGUACAAAGGGGUUGUUUUUUGCACUUCCAUGCACAUGCUUGCACACUAAUUUGCUUUACCUAACUGAAUUCUCAAAAAGGCAAUCUCCCUCGCAUGCAUAGAAAAUGUUCUGCUCGUAGUCACUGCUAUCCUUUCAUAGCACGAGCAUGUACCAUGCUAUUGCGUAACUGUUACAAUGUUUCACGGGAGUAUCAAGUGCUAUUAGUGGUAAUGCUAUACUUGUAAAAAUUGCAUUUCCUCAAAAAUGAGCAGUGCGAGACUUAAUUUGCAGACCCAGCAUGUUUUCUGCAUCUGUGUGCGAUGGAAGAUGUGUUCCAAAAUUGUAUUGGUGGAGAAAUAAUAGCAUAAGUAUAAAUGUAAAAAAAUAUUAACCGUUACUUAUUUGGUGAUGACAUAGUCAUCAUAGCAACCAAUGGAAAAUGAACUGCAGGAAUGAUGGAAGACGUUAAUAAAGGCUGCAAGUAGGGCUCGAGAUAAAUAUAAGCAACACGAGUCAUCCAAAAAGUUCACCUUAAUUGAAGAUAUUUAUCAGGAGGGACAUAACUGAAAUGUACAUCAGACUACAGGUAUCUUGGGUAGGAUAUUGAAGGUAGUCUCGCAUACAAAUUGUUUAAAUAAAGAAGUUCUUGAAAACAGGUUUGGGUACUUUUGUAAAACUGAACUCUUAAUGAAAAACAUGGCAAGAAAUCUGCAUCAGUUGACAGUAAUUCUGAUUUCCUGGAUUGUUACUCUGACUUGUUGGAUAUUGUCAUUAUGUUUGAUGUCGUUGCAUAUGAAACGUUAUAUCUAAUUGCGAAAUUUGGUUGUGAGGAUUGUUCAAUUUAACGGUGAGCUGACACAAUAAUAACGGGUGCGUUAAAAAGUUGCGCACGUGACAAUUUUGGAUUAUGCCCGGUGGUGAACGGUUGUUUAAUGACAUUGUCAGAUCAGUACGUGGUCUAACCUAACAAUCAAUUAUGAAUCAACUUGGCGAUGUUCCCAAGAAGAACAUGUUUAAUUAGCUUUGGCCUAACGCGUCAUGAACAUUGAUAAUACUGUAUGAAAAAUAUGAACAGUGGACAAAUCAGCAUGGAAAGGUACAUGCUUGGAAUUAUACGGAGAGGAAAAGAACCUGGAUUUAGAGAACAAACGGAGACAUUUAAAUAGGCUUGGGCAGGACACAACUAGAAUGAUGAUCUAGAAUACUGAUGGUGUGGCGGCCAAAUGAAGGAACGGGGCUGAGGUUAUUGACUGCAAAGAUGGAGUCAUGAAAUCAGCUCUUGUAAGCACUAAAUGUAUUGUAUCACAAGGCCAUGAUAGAUGACAACCGGUUGGGUAGUCCUUCAUACAUCAGUGGAUAGCUCAUGACCAAUAACAUUGUGUUGAAGAUGAGAAACGUACAUAUGUUUAACGUUUUUUUUAAACGACAUGUACGAUCAGCCUGUAUCAUAUUAUCUUGUAAAAUUAUGUGUACGUGUUGACAUUGCGACUGUAAAAAUACUGAUUUCAUGUUUGCUGCUGAGGGCAGUAUAUAAAAAGUAAUAUAUUUUCUAGAAAUAUGAAACUGUCAUAUCAGAUAAUUGGCUUUCCUAGUUUUACAUUUUAGAAAUGUGAAAAAAAAAUCCCAUGUAAUUCAAUAUAUGCCAAACACAUACAAGACUUAAAAAUACAUUUUGCUGCCCGUUAAGUGCGCGGUGGUGACGUCACUCGCAUCCCAGAGCCUUUGAGCAGGGUUCGUGUGGUCGUGUUUCCCACGAAAAUCCGUGGGCAGUGCUACUUUACCUGACGGAUAAAUCCACUUUUAUGACAAGUGGUGCAAAAGUUGGUCCCCUGCACUACGAACCCAGUCACCAGAGUUCGAUUCGUGGGAUUGGAGAACACCAGUGGUGAACUCUGACCCUGGUUUUCCUGCCCCUUCAACCAGAGCAGACAUGGACGCGCUUGCAGCCUCUUCUCGGAACAAAAUAUGGUUUUCAUCUUUCUUCACUGGUAAACACCUUUUGUAUAUUGGUGUUUUCCACAAAUAGUUUCCAUCACUUUAUUUCAUUGUGUUGACGGUUCGGAGUCCAGGCCUGGUGGAUUUGUAGUUUAAUUUGGCUAGUCACAUACCCACACUGACUAGCGUGGUGAAGUAUAGUCAACUAUUCCCAUGACCAUCACAAGGCAUUUAUCAAGCAGCAGAUUCAGAACUGAAUUGUUUCAUAAACCAGAUGUGAAUAUCUAUAAAUGUGACGUGAAAAUAGGAUUUCUGCAGUGAAUAUCAAUAUUUAAAAUCUAAAAAAUACUGUUCACUUAUAUAUUUUUAAGCCGAUGUUUUAAAUUGUGCAUAAAAAAGAUUUCUGAAAUUUGAAGAUGGGCCUGUUUUGGUGAAACCUUUCAGACCUCUCAGGAAAAUCAUAAAAUGCAUGGCCAUGUUUGACCAAAACAAAACAAUGAAUAUGAAUGUUCCUUUUUAAAAUAAAAAUACCAGAAGGUAACAUUGCA